AUGAAACUUUCGAAACAAGCAAUUGCAAAAAAUAGUGUGUUACCAUGGCCUUAUACAGCAAAAACUCCAUCUGUCGGCACUCUCCCACAGAUGAAUAAUGAUAGUUUACCGGCACUAUUUCGUCCGUUACAUAUUCGUUCGCUUGUAUUAAAAAAUCGUAUUGUGGUAUCUCCCAUGUGUACAUAUUCAUCGGAAAAUGGCUUCCUCAAUGAUUGGCAUCUUGUUCAUUUGGGUCAGUUUGCGAUAGGAGGUGCUGCUCUUGUCAUACAAGAAGCAACUGCUGUACAGCCAAACGGACGAAUUACACCAUACGAUGCUGGAUUGUGGAUGGAUGAGCAAAUGGAAAUGACAGAACGUAUUGUUCAAUUCAUUCAUUCUCAAAACUGUGCUGCUGGUAUUCAACUAGCUCAUGCUGGACGUAAAGCAUCGACUAAAGCUCCUUUUCAUCAGCAACCAGGAAAUCGUACUGAACCUGUUUAUGUAACUAACAAAGAUGGCGGAUGGUCAGAUAACGUUGUCGGUCCCAGUGCUCUGCCAUUUGCGGAAACUUACUGUAUUCCAAAGGAAAUAAGUCUUGAAGAAAUUGACCAGUUCAAACAGAAUUUCGUCAAAAGUGUUGAAAGAGCAAAGAAAUGCGGUUUUGACUUUCUAGAAAUUCAUGCUGCACAUGGUUACCUCCUAAGUGAAUUUCUAAGUCCAUCAUCAAACAAAAGGACAGAUGAUUACGGCGGUUCAUUUGAAAAUCGAAUACGUCUCUUGCUCGAACUCACAUCACUCGUUCGUCAAGCCUGGCCGUCCACCCGACCGCUCUCAAUUCGUCUAUCUUGUGAAGAAUGGAUUGGUGAAGAUGGUUGGACAAUCACUGACACUCUUCGACUUAUUCCUCAACUAGUCGAACUAGGUGUCGAUAUUAUCGACACAAGUUCGGGUGGAAACUCUUCAUGCCAACAACUUCCAGUGCCAUUAGAACCUGGUUAUCAAGUGCCAUUCAGCGAAGCAAUUAAGAAAUCGAACUAUGGUGCUAGAAUAAUGACAGCACCUGUCGGGCUGAUAACUCAAGCAAAGCAAGCGAAUGAUAUUAUCGAGCGAGGACACGGUGAUUUAGUGUUAAUCGCUCGAGAGUUUCUACGAGAUCCACAUUUUCCAUUGAGAGCAGCGAGAGAACUAGGAGUAAAUGAAAUGUCUUGGCCACCUCAAUACCAGCGAGCAAGACAGUAG